AUGGCGGGCAAUUUCUUUGAAUCCGAGCAAGAACAUCAAGCCAUCGCAUCGUUCCAUGGGAUACCAAGCUCAAGCCGUGCGCAUGGAGAGCGCACGCAGCCUAGACGGCGAACACGCAUUGACAUACCAAAGCCCGGGAGCACUCCCUACGACACUUCUCCGCCCCGCCAAGCUACGUAUGACAAAAGUCAAAGGCGGUCGGCACGCAAAUCUUCCCACCUUCCAACUCGUGAACUCGACUUCAGAAAUAACUUGCACGAAGAACCUGCAAACCGUGGCAUUGGAGGAGUUUUCCUUGGCACAGCAAGGCGUUCCACCUACCUGUCCUCUGCUAAAAGUACACCGUCACCCAAACCUCCGUCACCACAGCUGCAACGAGGUACUCCAUUAGAUGGAGUCACGAUCGAACUUGAUGGUCCCGCCAAUCCCGUCACUGGUUCAGGCAAAGGCAAAGCUCGCGAUAUGAUUGCGUCACAAAGCCGCGUCACUCGUUCGACAUCUCAUCGCAGAGCUUCGCAAAAGGAACAGGAAGUCAUCUCAGUCACCGACUCGGACGAUGAUCCUGUGGAGGCUGAUUUCUCGAUCGAGUCAAACCAGACAAUUCAGCCACGUAAAUCCCGGCGUCAAUCUGGAAGCAGGGCACAGCAACCUGUUCGUCUUGAGAGCGCGCUUGAAGCCAAGGAUCGGAGACGCCGGGAGGAGGCAGAGGCGCCUUCUGCCACAGAUCCCAACAGGUUCUACUCGCGAUCUACUCAAAAGCUCGUGAGCGGUCCGGUCCCACUGGAACAGCCAGAUGAUGAAUUCAGGAAGUCAGCCUCGGGGCGCUCUGUUCUAGUUCAUUCUAGUGAAAGUCCUGAGCAGCAAGUACGCCAUCAUUCGCUGGGAGAUUCGAGCAGAAAAGUGUCAGCAGCAGGCCUGGUCAGCCGUAUGAAGCCUAAAGCGAGCUCGUCCAAUGCUCCGGCAGGGUCGCAAGAACACUCACCGAACGGCGUCGCAUCCAGAUCUCCGCCGCCACCAGCAAGCUCUUCAGAGACAGAGAAGCGUAGGUCGUCAUCGUCCAGCUACUUUCCCGAGACGAAUGGAACAACGCAAACACUCAAACGGAAGCGGACAGACACGACAUAUCGAUCAUCGAAUCGGCGAGCGCCCACAGAACCUUUUUUGCCGAUCGAAGUGCGCCUGCAAGCCAUCGUCAUCUCGGACAUCUGGCGCUCCCGAGAUGAUGCACGUCCUGUGGCAUUGUUCCAACAACAUUCCCUGCACCUUCGACAGCAUUCGGAAACCAGGCUGCAAAUUCCAUACAGCGACAUCCGGCGCGUUGAAGCCAGCAAUGAGACCGUCCAAACUCACGGAAUCCUGAGCCUCACUUUAAGGCCUGAAUCGCAAAGCGCCCGUCGCCUGCAGGAGGCUUUUUCCGACUUCGAUCCUCGCGCUUCGGGUGAUGCUUCCGCAGUCCAUUUCAUUGCCCGAGACGAAGAUGUUGACUUGGGCGCCCACAAGACGGCCGUUAGUUGGAUCCACCAGAAACUGAACGGACCGCACCUGGGCCACGUCGACUUUCAUUGGUUGGUACAGUCCGCUGCCAAGAUCAAAGUUGGCAUUGUCGCCGGGAUCAAGCAACUGCCUUGGCCUCAACCAUCACAAUCUCCCCGUUUGCCAGCAACAUAUCAGCCACUGUCGUCUCGAAUGCCUGCACUACAACAGUCGUCCUCAUCUCGAUUGAUCGAGCCAGCUACAGCAUCAACUCCGACACCGGACAAAUCCAGGCGGACUUUGAUCUUGCCUGGCCAAGGUCGUGAUCCAGUGGGCGAACAACGCCAGACAGCCCGUCCCAGCUCUGCGUCGGGUCCACAACGACAGCAAAAGAAGACUUUCGACAUCCAGCCUGCAUCUCCCAGGUCUGCAGCUGGAGUUACGGUUGACGUUGAGAUGGCAGAUGCACGUCCCGGCUCCAGAACAUCGCCCCUUCCUGGCCUCACAGUCACAAAGAGUCGUCCUGCAGCAACGACGUCUGCUUUGGCGAAAGCCAAGCCCUCCCACGGCCUGAACCUGGCCCCACAUACCCCCAUUCUCCAGUACCCUUAUGAAGGUAUUGGCGCUGUGACGGUGCUGGUCUCCGACCUCGAGCGGCUUAUGGAUGGAGAGCUGCUGAACGACACCGUGAUCGAGUUUGGUCUCAAGUUCAUCCACGAAAACAUUCAACAUCGGGAUCCAGACCUCGCAGACAGCAUUUACAUGUUCAACACCUUCUUCUACAAGCUGCUCAGUGCGACGACCGUCGAAAACAGCUACCGCAAGCUGCGAAAGUGGACCACCAAGGUGGAUUUGUUCUCAAAAAAAUACAUCGUGGUGCCUAUCAACGAAGACUACCACUGGUAUUUGGCUUUGAUCGUCAAUCCUCACUUCAUGUUGAUGGAGCAGGAUGGUGAGAAUGACAGCGCUAGCGAGCAGGACAAGGAGGAAGUAGCAUCUGCGCUGACAACAGCACCGAAGGCAUCGCCGCCUCUGUCGACUGAUCCUAUCGCCACGUCCUCCGCAAGCCCAACUGCUACAGCCCGGGAAGAUAAUCCGGCAACGGUCGAAGAUGCAAACUUCAAGCGACACCGUGAAGCAAGGACUGCUCCUAGCUCAGAACCAGGAACACCGCCAUUGCCUCAAUUGCAGCUUCCUCUACGAUCAUCUCAACCCGACCGAGACUCUAAGGCUGACUCAAUGGAUGUGGAUGCAGCACCUGCGGGCGUCGGCCUAGCAGAAGGCGCCCCUGCUCCUGUGAACCUCAAACGGACAUUCGUGAUCACGUUUGAUAGUCUCGGAUCUAGGCACUCCAAGGUCAGGAACAAGCUGCACGAGUAUCUCUGGCGAGAAGCCAUAGACAAGAAACAGCUGUCCCUCGAUGAUCUCACAAAGAGGAAGGCUAAACAAGAAGCCGAGCAAGCAGCCAAACGCGAGGCCGAGAAGCCGCAGACUCGCGCCAAAGAGGCUGCGCAGAAUGACCGCAAUGGCGACGCUGCGCAUAGUCCCAUGGACGAGACAACGGACGGUCCCAAUGACAUCGAAACUGCUGACGAAAGCAAGGAACUUGGUGACGAUGGUACUAGCGUUCGCAAGAUCCAAGUUCAAGAUACCCGUCAGCUCGAUGCAGAUGGCGAUGCCAAGCAGAUAGGUGAAGAAACAUUGGCCAAGUCGCUGCCGAUGACGGCAUACAUUCAUGCGCAAGUGCCUACGCAGCUCAACUUUUGCGAUUGCGGCAUCUAUCUGUUGCACUACGUCGAUCGAUUCUUCGAUGACCCUGACAAGUUCCUCAAACUUGUUGUGACGGCGGCAGAAAAGAGAAUUGCGGUGGGUAAGCAAGGCUCUGCAAUACGUCAAAAACUGCGAGAGGAAGCCGAGAAGAGCUUCGAGUCGGAAUGGCAAGCUGGCGAGGUCAGCGGGAAGCGAGAGUGGUGGCGUCAUAGAGUUAUCGACCUACGCGAAGGUUGGAUGUCUUACCAGGACUCCAAGAAGGCAGCGGAAAAGGACGACAAGAAGAAUGGAAAAGAACAAACGGCAAGUGGGCAGAGUAGUCAAGUGAUCGAGAGUGGAUCUCAGCAAAAGCAUAACACGCAGCAUUCAGACGCGGACGUAGUGUUGCCUCCAGCAGAAACACCAGCUGGUGCUAUCGAGGAGUCGGAGAAGCGGAUCGAAGGCAGAAAGGAAGCCGAUGACAGCCAGCAACAUGACGAAGACGCUCAAGCCCAGUCACUCGAUUUGCAGCUGCCCCUUUUGCCAAUCAACACUCAAGGCAGCGAACUUGGACGGAGCACAAGUGUCGAUAAUGUCGUCGCCUUCGCAGAGGCCCUGACGGGCAACGUUGAUGCCGAGAUGCGGAAGAGUAUCCUCCAAGCUCAAAGGGAAGUCGAAGAGCCGAUGCAGGCCUCAGAAGUAGGCAAACCUGUAUCGCAAUGGCUGCACAGGCUCAUGCCUCCUUCGAAUCAUUCUGCAACUGCGAGUUUUCCGAUCGCAGACCAUGAUAUUGUUCUCCAGCCCACACCUUCUGGUCCACAACUCCCGCUAGCGCCUCUCGGACAGAGAGAAGAAAUGCCAGGACCGCCGACUAAUACUAGCUCUUCGAAUGCCUCACCUCGGCGUGAUCAGCCACAGCAGCAACAGCAUCGGGCUUCUCCGCCACCACCUCCAAGCUUCGGGUCAUCGAUGCAGGGACCGUCGACAGGCACGGCUGGAUCAACUGCCGAGCUACGCGAGAUGCUGAAGCCGACCGAGACUUUCGGUAGCGGUAUCUUGCAUCCCACUCAUCACAGGAAGCCACACGAUAGUGUGGAUGUAAGCAGCAACAGUGACAGCAGCGACGGAGGAGAAAGCAACUCGAGCGCUGAUUUGGUCGACAUUGUUGAGCCGUCACCUUCGCUUUCUUCCUCCGUGGCAGCUGAUCAGGGUUGA